AUGGCCAACCACCACCCGUCGCCCCAGAUGCCGAUGCAGAUGCAUCACGGCCCGCAGGGGCCCCCGCCCCCGGGGCCUGUCCACUAUCCCACGGCGCCUUCGCGCCAGAUCAACACUGUCAAUGAACUGCUGUGGAUGCAAAUAGGAAGCUUCUCGGAGCUUUUGGGUAGCCUCGACGAUGCUAUGAACGCAUACGACCAUGCGCUUCGAGCGAACCCGCAGUCCAUCCCUGCGAUGAACGCGAUCAGUCUCAUCCUUCGAACUCGUGAGGAGUUUCACAAGGCAGUGGAAUACCUCCAAGCCAUCCUCAAGAUAGACGAACGGAACGGCGAAGUCUGGGGCAGUCUUGGCCAUUGCUAUCUGAUGAUGGAUGACCUGCAACAGGCUUACGCCGCUUAUCAAUCAGCUCUGGUCAACCUGCCAAACCCCAAGGAACCUAAGCUUUGGUACGGCAUUGGUAUACUGUAUGACCGCUACGGUUCAUUGGAACAUGCCGAGGAGGCGUUUUCUCAGGUCAUGCAAAUGCAGCCCGACUUUGAGAAGGCCAACGAAAUCUACUUCCGCUUGGGUAUAAUAUACAAACAGCAGGCGAAGUAUGGUCAGAGCUUAGAAUGCUUUAACUAUAUUGUGACGUCUCCUCCUCCGCCCUUGACCGAGGAAGACAUUUGGUUCCAGAUCGGACACGUCCACGAGCAACAGAAAGACUACGAUAGCGCCAAGACGGCCUAUAGCAGAGUUCUUGAUAGAGACCCGAACCACGCCAAGGUUCUGCAGCAACUGGGAUGGCUCCACCAUCAGCAGAGCAGCAGCUUCCAAAGUCAGGAACGGGCUAUCGAAUACUUGGAGAAGUCCGUCUCUGCUGACAACAACGAUGCACAGAGCUGGUAUCUCUUGGGCCGGUGCUACAUGUCGCAACAGAAGUACCCGAAGGCAUAUGAAGCAUAUCAGCAAGCAGUUUACCGUGAUGGUCGCAACCCGACCUUUUGGUGCUCGAUUGGUGUGCUCUACUACCAGAUCAACCAAUACCGCGACGCGCUUGAUGCAUACUCUCGUGCAAUUCGCCUCAACCCUUACAUCUCCGAGGUUUGGUAUGAUCUCGGUACACUGUACGAGAGCUGCAAUAACCAGAUUUCGGAUGCUCUUGAUGCCUACCAGCGAGCGGCUGAACUCGACCCCAACAAUCCACACAUCAAGGCGAGACUGCAGCUUCUCCGCCAAGGCCAGUCGAGUGGUCAGAUAGUCCAAGGUCCUGCCCCGGUACCCACCGACGUUCACCCGCAGUCUUACGGAGCUCAAGGACCUCAGGCACCCCAGUGGACGGGAGCUUCGUCUGCACCCCAGCAACAACAGCCCGGCCGACCUCCUGUCGGGCCUGGCGGGGCAAACGGAUGGGGCCGACUAUCCGAAGUCAACCCCCCUCAGCCUCCCAACCCGUACGACCAGAGAGAGCCUUUCCGGGGUCAGGCACCGCCUAUGCCGCGCCAGCCCAGUCCCCGCCAGGAACCGCCAAUGAGACCAUAUGGUGAAGCCAGCCGUCAAGGACCGCCUCCGGGUCCUGGUCCGAUCCGUCGCGGUCCCUCGCCUGGUCCUCCGCAACACUACGGUGGCCCUCCGCCCCAGGGCCAGUCUCAACCGCCGCCGCCGUCUUCAGGACCACCGGCGCGGGUCAGCAACCCGAACUACACCCCAGCUCCCCUGGCAGGUAUGCAAUCUCAACCAAAUGGCCCACCUAGCGGACCGCCCAACGGCGCACCUCCACCGCACUUGAUGCCAUACCGGGCAGGAUCUCCCCGCUCGGAGUCUCGCCCUCCCAUGCGUGACAGCCGCAUGCCUUCUCCCAAGUCAGCGUACCCCCAACACCAACCCCCGCCGUACGGCCACCACCAGGAGCCAGCUGGCCCCAGCAACUUGGAGAACGGCCCACCAAAGCCGAUGAUGGGACCUGAUGGUCCUAUUCAUCGUAUUGAUGAGCGCCCUGCUUCCGUUGGCCCCAAGAGGAUGAGGGAGUGGGAAGAUGAACCGUCGAUCAAAAAGCCUGCUUCUGAGGAGAACCGGGCGCUCAUCCACGACAUGCGUCACCGACGCCCGUCAACCCCACUGAGAGGCCCUGAGCCGUACCGCCGGAAUUCUCCGGAGGCUCACCGUUUCGAGGAGCAGCGGCGGCUGGAUGAACAGCGUCGUGCGGAAGAUCAGCGCAGAGCUGAGGACAUGAGACGUGCAGAUGACCAGCGCCACGGAACGGAACCCUACCACCCGUCCGAGGCUGCUCACCACCAGCCUGCGCAUAACAUGCCGGCCCACUUGCCUCCUAUGCAGCAAGGACCCUCUCCGAUGCAAGGAAUCGUCCAUGAGGGGCCUCCACAGGGACCCGGCCCAGCCCCACUGAAGGAUUACCCACCACAGGACGAGCGCCCAAGGACUGAACACCCUUCGGCUCCUACUCCUGCACCUCCUGCUGCGGCCGCUGCACCUCCUCCGCCGCCAACCAGCGAACCUGAGCGUGCCGCCAGGAAGAUGGAUGUCGACGAAGACUAUGACGACAGCGGUGAGGAAGACAAGAAGGUCAACGUUGGCGGUCCCAACUCUGGCCCGACAUCUGCGUCGGGAGAGAUGAAGACGUCGACUCCUACCAGUGCCGGCAUGAAUGGGAUCAUGGGGCCUGCGCCCAAGACCGAGGGCGCAGCCUAA